GAUCCCCCAAAAAAGCUCGCCCGACUAUCGUGUAGGGGCAUCGCUUCACAUAAAACUGAAUGUUCAAUUGCAGGGCUAUGGCUACGACGGACAUAAAAUCACAGUGCUUAGCUUCGUGCAACGGACACGGGUACAUGCCGAUGAUUAUACCACCUAAAUAGGUUUCUUCUUAUUUUGAAUCUCUAUUUCUGAUACCUAUUCCUCUUCAUCUUCUUCAUGGCUUUACAACAUUUCAGAAAUACCGCUUUCAUACAUCCAAAUGAAUUCAAACUUUUGAAAAGGCUUCUUCACAACAACGAUAACGGAGAAAAUUUUGCUUCUUUGUCUAUUGAAAGCACACCUUCCCCUUCUCUUAGAACCACAGGUAGUGCGUUUACAAGGUCUACAUCUUCACAACUUGCAGCCAGUCUCGCCAACGCAUUUUCUAAAGGGAAUGCGCAUAGAAACCUGGAAGAGCUGAAUAACUUUGGACCGCACAUCUCUCAAGGGGUUGUUGAAAUUGUUUUAAAUAGGCAAAAACAUUGGCAAAAUGCCCUUGAUUUUUUCAAAUGGGCUGCCCUCCAAAAUGGUUACAAACACAACUGCUAUACAUACAAUACAAUGGCCUCAAUUCUCGCAAAAGGAAAGCAAACAUGGGCAUUGAGGGAUCUCAUGGAAGAGAUGAUGGAAGAAAGAUGCAGAAUGACUCCAGGAGCAUUAGGUUUUCUGAUUAGGUGCUUUGGUCUUGUGGGGAUGGUGGAUGAAGCAAUGCACUUGUUUGGUCAGGCUGGAAUUUUGAAUUGUGUAUCUAAUGUGUAUACAUACAAUUGUUUGCUGGAGGUUUUGGUAAAAUCCAAAAGAUAUGAUUUGGUUGAGAUGAGGUAUAAUGAGAUGCAGGGGUAUGGAUUUGUCUCUGAUAAGUUUACCCUUACAGCUCUCUUGCAGGCUUACUGUGGUGUGGGAAAAUUUACAGAGGCUUUGAAUCUAUUCAAAAUCAUGUCACAGCAUGGUUGGGUUGAUGAACACGUGCUCGCUGUUUUGCUUGUUGCUCUUAGCAAGUCUGGAAAGUUAGACAUGGCUUUGGAACUGAUAGAAAGCACGAGGAAACUUGAGAUAAACCUAAACGAAAAAACCUUUUUUGUGCUGCUACAUGGAUUUGUCAAGGAGAAUCAAGUUGACAAGGCUCUUGAGCUUGUUAAACACAUGAGGGAAGCGCGUAUUAGAUUAGACUUAUUUACAUACAGGGUACUUAUUGAAGCUCUUUGUGAAAAAAAUGAAUGCUUGAAGGCUUAUGAUUUGUAUGUUCAGAUAAGAGAUUCCGGGCUGUCUCCAGAUUUGGUUAUUUACAGAAAACUGAUUUGCUCGCUCAGUAACGAAGGCCAUCUCGAUGCAGUCAAUAGGUUGUUGGAAGAUGGAUUGAUUUUUCAAGGUGGUUCUCUUGCAUCUUUGUACAAUGCAGUUUUGGAAGGAUUUGUGAAGGCUGGUAAAGUAGACGAGUCAUAUUUGCUGCUUCGAGAGAUGAUAAGAUUUAAUAGUUUACUGGUUGAAGGUGCAUCAGUGAUACCUGCUCUGCACUUUGUAAAAGUUGGACAGGGAUCUGUUAGAUUCUCGAAGGUAGUUUCUCCAGAUACUGCUUCCUUUUGUGUUGUUAUUGAUGGUCUCUGCAAGGUGGGAAAUUUGGAUAUGGGAUUAGGGCUUUUGAAUGACAUGGUGAGGAUAAGCAUUAUGCCCAAUGUUCAAAUUUACAACUGCCUGAUUCAUGCACUUUGCAGCUUAGGUAGGCUGGCUGAGAGUUACAAGCUUUUGGAUGAUAUGAAGGAAAGAAGUAUUAAUCCAACACAAUACACUUACAAUUCGAUUCUUGGAUGCCUGUGCAAAACAGACAAGGUUAGUGAAGCUCUUGACCUGAUGAGGAAGAUGAGGCUUCAUGGUUACACCCCUUGGAUUAAACAUUAUACCUUACUUGUUAAAAGGCUUUGUCAGAGUGGUAAAAUAGCUGAUGCUUGCAAUUUCUUGAAUGAAAUGGUUCAAAUAGGGUUCCUACCGGAUAUGAUUGCAUACUCUGCAGCUAUUGAUGGCAUUUGCAAAGUUGGUGAAGUCGAUCAUGCACGAAAUCUUUUCAAAGAGAUGUCAGAACAGCUUUGUGCUCCUGAUGUAGUUGCUUACAAUAUUAUAAUAAAUGGAUUCUGCAAGGUUGGCAGAGUAAAUGAUGCCCAGCAAAUCCUGAAUGAAAUGUUGGAAAAAGGACAUGCACCAAGUGUGGUGACCUACAAUGCAAUGAUGAACGGAUUGUGUAAAAAUGAUGGAGUUGAUCUGGCACUCCUUUACCUUUCUAAGAUGGUUUCAGAAGGGAGGCCUCCCAAUGUUGUUACAUAUACAACCUUAAUAAAUGGUCUAUUUAAUGCAGGACGAGACACAGAAGCUCUCGCCUUGUGGAAUGAAAUGGAACAAAAAGAAUGUCAUCCUAAUAUAGUUGCAUAUACAGCUUUGAUUGAAGGACUUUGCAAGUGUAAUAGGGUCAAACAUGCCUUAGUUUACCUGCACAAAAUGCAAAUUAAGGGCAUAGAGCCUGAGGCACUCAUAUAUAGUGUGCUUAUUAACAGUCUUGUUGAAGAAGAUGAUAUGGUUUCAGCUUGUGAGGUUUUAGAUAUGAUGGUUCAGAACAUAAAUAAUCAUAACCCUACUGAUAAGGCUUAUCAAGUCUUGGUGGCUGGUCUUUACAAGUUGAGUGAAGAUAAAAUGGGUUCUGCAGCUGUAUGUAAUAUUAUUGAAAAGGGAUGGCUUCCCACCAUUCAUAAUUUAAAGGAACUAGAGAAUGCUGCUAAGAAAGAAUUAGAAAACAUAUGAAAUAAAUACCUUGGACAAGAUUUUCUGGUUC